UAAAAGGGUUAAGUAUCAAUUUUACCCCUAACGUGGAGGCUAUUGGAACGUUUAGCACCCUAUGAGCAUGUAUGUAUCAAGUAAAUCCCUGAAGUACCUAUUUUCCUCCAAUUAAGCCCUCCCACUUAACGGAGAGUUAACACCAUUAACUAUUUCUAUUUUUUUAUUUUGUUGGUGGUGGGACCCAAGCCUUCUUCACCACCAAACUCACCGGAAACCUAAUCCACCUCUUCACCACCAAUUCCGGUCAAUGCAAUAGCCAAUUUGCAUUCGUCUUCGAUCACAACAUAAAUCAUCAUUCCCUAUAAAAGUAGAGCACACAUUCAUCCAAAAAUUCAACUUCUCUUCUUUGUCACGCUCCGAUUCUCGGUAACGAAGAGUCAAAUGGAACCCACAAUCCACGAGCAAGAUAUGUUGAUAGUCGGAGGCGGCAUAGCUGGCCUCACCACAGCUCUCGGACUCCACAGGUUGGGGAUUCGGAGCCUGGUUUUGGAGGCGUCGGAUGGAUUAAGAACCACGGGGUUCGCCCUAACCAUAUGGACGAACGUGUGGAUAGCUCUAGAUACAGUCGGAAUCGGCGACGCCAUGAGAGCCAAUUCUCUCCCAAUUGAAGGGUAUUCGCAGCUCCAGUUUUUGUUAUAUCAAGUCGUUUCAAUUCAUUUUCUGAUUAAUUUGCUGGUUUGAUUUCUUAUUAGUGCUCGUUUGGUUCAAGUAGAGGAAUUGAAAUGGAAUGAAAUCAAAUAAAGGAG